CGUCGUUCUGGUGUACAGGAGACACGAACAGCAGGUCCGCCUCGCACAGGAACCCGAAUUUUACAGGCCGAGGGUAAUUCCGCAGGAGAACCAACCAGAAAUCGGACUCAAGAAGGAACUGCGCGAGGACGGUCGCCACCCUUGGGACGAAGCAGAUAUGGGAUUGAUGCACCCCCACAAAGAAGCCAAGACUCUUCCAGAACGCUCGUUCAGGGUUCUCAAUUCAGUUAUGCAAUUCGGAAUGUUCCUGUCUCGCAGGCAGAGGAUACUCGGCGGAGUAUGAGGGCCCAGUCGUUCGACGUUCCUCCUUCAGAUGACUAUGGGGGCGAAAUUUUCGACGGUCCCUCGAAUGAUGAAGACGAGGAUGCUGGUGAGAUCCCUAAGAGGCAUCAGGAAGAGGGGGUAACGCCCACACAACAUGCCCCGGUGAGGGACAGGGACAAGGUUCGGGCCACCUCCGCCCAUAUCUGGUCUCAGGAGCCGCGAUCCAGCGCUACUGAACGUACGCUGCUGGACGUUACCUUCUCCGCAUCGCAGCUUGCGCAAUCGACGCCACGAGGUCCACUAUCUCAAUCAGACGAUACGAGCCUCCUCGACUCCUUCGUGCAGACACAAGAACCGACACCACCUCCGUCCGGGCUUGAUGGAGAUGCUGCCGUGGAUGUCGAAGCCGAAACAUCUGGGCUCGACGAUACCGAUCUUCAUCCCGUCAAGUCCGGCACUCACGUCAUCCCCACGACCAAAGCGCAUAAAUAUCGGGAAACCCGCGUAGUCGCAGGCGAAAACAUCCAUACGGAGAAUGGGUCCGGAGCCCACGCGCAGCGAGAGCUUUCUGUCGCCCCAACUGCCGAAACCGACGCCUUCACCGACUUCAGUCGCAGCCCCACCGUCACAACCCAGCUUCGUCAACCUGAACUAUCCUUGACAACUCCUUCUCGCCCGUCCUUCUCGCAAAAACGGGCUCCCCGAGAGGCGCCCUACUUCGAGGAAGGCCCGUACAUCAACGCCUUGACGGACGCACGACGUCGCUCCCGUUUCUCGUCCGGAAAACGUCGUGCAAGCGGCGUGGACGACGAGGACUACGAACGGGCGACGGAGCACUCGAAAACGGUCGCGGAAGGGCAUGUCUCGGAAUGGCCACCUAGGCGAAAGAAGCGUAAGGUCAAAGCGGCCUCUAGCGAAAGGGAAACGACCCCGACGGGAGUGGACGGACGAUCACACGUUGCAGCUCCGCCGAGCUCGCACUCGGCGAAGGGCAAGGAGCGAAUUCUGGGCGAACCCGAGCAAGAAAGGCUGCGCGCACAGAUCAUUGGCACACAGCCCGUCUCAAAUAUCCGCAAUCUUUCCACCCCCCAUGCCGAGAUAUCUUCAUCUGAAAAACCCGUCUUCGGUGAACGAGACGCGGAGGAGGCCUUGGCUUCGACGGAGAGCGUUGAUCUGGACGAUAUAAUGGAUGACGGGGGCAGUUCAGCUGAUGAGGUGCUCGAUGUACUAGGAGACCCAGAGGAGGACGAGGAAACCGAUCAAGAACCACUACAGGAAUCAGAGCUGGACGAGGCACUUCUCUCCACAACUCAUAAUGCAGGUCCCUUCGGAAAGCCAGGCCUCGCACCGACGCCGUCCUAUACAGAACGUGCUUUGCAGCGAUACACGGAGGCGCACAGGUUAGAGGCCGCUGCCGUUUCCUCUGCAGAACGAGCCUCGGAAAGGGGAGGGUUCCCAAAGCGGAGAUCGACGGUUUCAUCAGGAUAUCUGGGUGCCGCCAGAGAACCGCCCCUCGGCCUGGCACCCUCACAUGCGCCUCUACCCGGUCGCCUGCAGUUUGACGGGCAUCCUGCUUCCGAUCCGCCACGAGGCCGACGUCUGUCCCGUCAUUUACGCGAACAAGCCGGCGACGAUCCUUUCCUCGACGAGUCACAAGGUUCGCCUGAUCUUGAUGUCUCUGGUAGACGUCAAGCCCGACACCGUCGGCGACAGACAUUUGGGGGCUUCUCAGCAGCAGAACAGAUCCCAUACAUCGAUUUACUCGCUGCCCUGGCUCGCGAGAAGGUCACAUACCGCCGAUCAAGCGUACGGUCUUCCCCAGCUCGCCGUACUUCGGGAUGGUUGCACGCGCCUCUGAGUUCGGCACACAGUUCAUUUGCAUCCGGGCGAUCGUCGCCAGCGUCUCGUUCCUCCGUCGACGACCUCACAUAUAUGCAAAGGGUUGGGUACGAGACGGUCAUGGCGCGUAUAGCGGAGACGCACGGCUUCCACGUCAACGUCGUGAAGCGAGUGCACGCUCGAACGAACGACCUCGGAAAGACGGAGCAGGUCAUCCAGAGGCUCAAGGAAUUCGCAGAGGAAAGCGUCGACAAGGCCUUUGAGGACGUCGAGCACUACGGAUCAGAACCGAGGUCGUUUGUCAACAUGUCCUUCCAGAGAAGUCACCGGAGUUCCUCUGCGAGUAGACCGCCAGCCCGUCGCGUUUCCCGACGUUCGGACUCUCCUUUGAAAAACAGCUUCCUUGCGUCCCGUGAACCUUCAGCUGAUGAUAUGUCGGUGGGGUACACCCCGCCACAGGCAACUCGCGCCGGUGAUUUCUUGGAACUGUCUCGACAGGGCCGAUGGAAAGAGGCCCUCCGGCGGGAGCAACGACGGGCGUCCGUCGUUCCCCCGCUACCACUAAGGUUAAGCGAUGGCCCCAGCCCCAACACCACCGACACGGCGAAUCGAGCGAGGAGCAUGGAGAAAACACAUCCUCAUUCGGCGCGCCGUAGCGAAGGGUGGACAACUCGGAGAACCUGGGGAGCGACCGAAGAUCGUUUGCUCGCCUCAGACGACCCAGAGGAAGCACUUAGUGAUGCAUAUCUCGUGCCGCCCUCGCACGUCGACGGUCAACUCUUCGAUCUCCACGCGUCAGAAUGUUGGAACGGGGCUUGA